UCGUUAAACAAAAAUAUGAAUUUGUCAGUUGUUGGUGAAAUGGAUUUUCGAGAACCAGCACAAGCUGCGGACGGUGCGGCGCUGCAGCUCCUCUCUGCGGUACAAGGAGCUCGAGGAGGCUGCCGUGGGCGCGCCCGAGUACGCGCCGCCCGUGCACGACGAGCCCUGCCCUCACGGAGAACCUGAACAAUAUUUCAAGUAUGAAGAUUUACACGUGAAAUUAGCAGCGCCGUACCAGCUGCAGCCCAAACCAGACGCUAAAGACCUCGGUUUCGGGAAAUACUUCACGGAUCAUAUGCUCAAAAUCAACUACCAAGUGCAACUGGGCGGUUGGCAGAAACCAGACAUCAUCCCCUUCGAGAACCUCAGCAUCCAUCCUGCUGCGAAGGCUCUUCACUACGCAAUACAAUUGUUUGAAGGGAUGAAAGCUUACCGUGGCGUAGAUGACAAAAUCCGGUUGUUCCGGCCUGAUCUCAACAUGAGGAGGAUGAAUCUGGCAGCGCACCGCUCCGGCCUGCCGAUAUUCAACGGAGAGGAACUCAUCAAAUGCAUGAAAAGACUAAUACAAAUUGACCAAGAGUGGGUUCCACAUUCUGAAUCCUCCACUCUAUAUAUUCGACCAACGCUUAUAGCAACAGAGGCGACGUUUGGCGUGAUGGCGCCCGAGUCGGCGCUGCUGUUCGUCGUGCUGAGCCCGGUGAGCGCGUACUACAAGACGAGCACCGACGGCGCCGUGUCCAUCUUCGCGGACCCCAACGUGGUGCGCGCCUUCCCCGGCGGCGUCGGCAACAGAAAGGUGGGCUCCAACUACGGACCCACGAUAGAGGCCACGACGCGCGCCGCGCAGCUCGGCCACCACCAGGUCCUCUGGUUGUUUGGCCCCGACCACCAGCUCACAGAGGUCGGAGCCAUGAACAUCUUCACAGUCUACAUCAACGAGAAUGGAGACAAGCAGCUGAGCACGCCGCCCCUGAACGGGCUGAUCCUGCCGGGCAUCACGCGCCGCUCCAUCCUCGAGCUGGCCAGCCAGUGGGAAGACCUGGUCGUCAAGGAGGAGACCAUCACCAUGGACCGAGUCAUCACUCUCAACAAACAGGGACGGCUACUGGAGAUGUUUGGCGCGGGCACCGCGGCGGUGAUCAGCCCCGUCAGCCGGAUCGGCUUCCUCGAAAACAACAUUCACAUCCCCACCAUGCAGCAGGCCCAGCCCGUGUUCCAGCGGCUAAAGGACACCCUCCUGGCCAUCCAGUACGGCCACAUAGACCACCCCUAUUCUGUCAUCAUCUCAUAGUGACGUGAAGUGAACUUAUAACUAAGAUAAAAGACAUUGAACUUGACAAAUUACUGUUUAACGGCUAAACAGAGUCAGUGUUUAAAGUUUAAGGGAAUCGCGGAGGCA